AUGUUCUCAUGUCUUCCCUGUUUACUCCACCUUUACUGUCGCCCUCGCUCUCUCCCCUCCCCUCCCGUCCUUCUUCCUAUCUUCCCUCCCCUGUCGUCGCCCUUCCUCUCUCCCCACCCCUCCUGUCGCCCUUCCUCUCUCCCCUCCCCUCCUGUUGCCCUUCCUCUCUCCCCUCCCCUCCCCUCCCGACGCCCUUCCUCUCUCCCCUCCCCUCCCGUCGCCCUUCCUCUCUCCCCUCCCUCCCCCCGCCCUUUCCUCUCUCCCCUCCCCUCCCGUCGCAAUUCCUCUCUCCCCUCCCCUCCCGGCGCCCUUCCUCUCUCCCCUCCCCUCCCGUCGCCCUUCCUCUCUCCCCUCCCCUGCCGUCACCCUUCCUCUCUCACCUCCCAUCACCCACCCUAUCGCCUUUGCGCUCUCCACGUAACGCCCUCUCGUUCCCCACCCAAUUCCCCCCCCCAUCACCCACCUCGUCGCCUUCGCUCUUGCUCACAAACGCCCUCUUGUCGCCUUUCAUAUCUCUUUCCAUCACCCACCUCGUCGCCUUUGCUCUCGCUCAGAAACGCCCUCCCGUCGCCUUUCGUAUCUCUCCUCCCAUCACCCAUCUCGUCGCCUUUGCUCUCUCUUAGAAACGCCCUCCCGUCGCCUUUCGUAUCUCUCCUCCCAUCACCCACCUUGUCGCCUUUGCUCUCGCUCACAAACGCCCUCCCGUCGCCUUUCAUAUCUCCCCUCCCAUCACCCACCUCGUCGCCUUCGCUCUCGCACAGAAACGCCCUCCCGUCGCUCUUCUUCUCUCCCCUCCCAUCAACUGUCUCGUCGCCCGCCAGUGCCAAAGGCAUUUGCUGUGCGUGA